AUGCCUCCUCGUCGUAGCAAGAAGCGGGCGUACUCAGAGUCCCCUGUGGAUCCCGAGGAAUCUACCCAGAAGCGCAAACCGACCAAUGGUACCAAUGGUAGAACAGAGGGUUCUCCUUCCUCUUCCUCUAAUCUUUCAUCAGAUGAACCUGAAAGUCAAUUGCCUGUCGCGCCAGAGGACCACGACUAUGUUGACUACAGCUUGAUGUCCCAAGGUGGCCAGGAUGAGGGGCAUUCGCGUCCCCCGAGACAACAGCGAUGGAAACACGAUGGGAACCAGCCUAUUACCGAUCCAGCGCUUGUCCCAGAAGGCUGGAACGCCGACGAGCUAGAUCUCGACGUCAAUGACAUCGAUAGUCAAGUCGAGAGAUGUAUGGAGAGGAUCAGUGAUGGAAUCUUGCCCGACUUCUUCAAGUUUAGACUGUCACAGUAUGAGCAAAGAAGAGCUGCUCGCGAUAAAAUGGUCCAUUCUGAACCGGCCGGACUCAGCUGGGACAUCGUUCGACGCUUGGGUCAUUUGAAGAUUAUCGAGACGCAUCUCAACACGAAUGGGGACCCGGAUAAUCAGCUUCCCAAUGUCAAGGCUAUCAUCAAAGGUUACAGGGAAGAAACAUUGGGGUGGUGGAGAGGAUGGGUCAGCUACUGGUCGAAGGGCGUGCAGCUCAAUGCGCCCCAGAAGUUUGACGCGGAUUUUCAUAAGAGCCUGGCCGAGCAGUAUGAUACCACUAAAGCAUGGUGGGUGGAAGGUCUUCAAUCUCCAGGUGGUGGUAGUCUAGGGGGAUUCCACUCGUUUGCGCCGUAUAACAAUCUUCAAACGAUUGAGUUCCCGGUGCAUAUAUCGGCUGAUAGUCAACGUCCUGGCGCCAAUGGCCUAACCCUAUACGUGUGCCAUGAUACUGGUGCUGAUAUUAUGGCGAUACCUCAAUGCUAUAUAGACCAGCUGGAGUCGUUAGGUAUCCCCGUUCCAGUUCAUGGCUACAAUCUCAUGGACAUCCCUGGCGGCUCGUCAGUUCACAAGGUUGUGGAGGUUGACGUCCGGCUGACUGACGGCAACAAUCAGCCUAUAUCCCAUUGGAUGAAAAUACAGGCCUGUGUCAUCCAAUCUAGGCCGGGUGAUCACUUUGGAAUGCUUCUUUCGGGGCCUUUCCUGCGGUUUGCGCUCUACACCGCAACAUGCCCAGAUAGACAGGGACUUCUCUACGUUUGUGAUAGCAAGGAGGAGCUCGGGCAGCUGCCAGCCCUCCCGGACGACUGGGUGCCAAGGGGACCGCCAUAUGUGGCUACCACUCCUGCAGCUCCGGGAGGUGGAGAGCCACCCCAUUUUUUACUAGAACAGACAAAAUUCAAGAGACAGGCAACAGUGCAGCCACCCCCAAUCCCAGUACCAGCGAAGGCAGCAGCGAAGUCACCAGCGAAGAGAGAGAAGAAAAAGGGGGAAAAGCAAGGGAGCCCUUAG